AGCAUUGUUGCUUUGGUAUUUAGCUCAAUUUUGAAUUGAGCCAAUAUAAGGUGUAAGAAUUUUUUGCAUCCGGCCAGACCCGCACAUCGCAGUAGUAGCCAGACGAGCAGGCCGACGGCGAGCGGGGCGGUGAUGGCGCGUGCGGAACAGGAAUCGCUGGCUGCGCCGCUGCUGGAGCCGACCGCGACGGCGAGGCAGCGCGUCCCGUUCGUGGAGGUGCGGCUGUACCGGCGGGGCGCCGGUCCGGUGGCGAUCUUCCGGUCGGACCUGUCGGGCCCUCGGCGGGACCGCCUCGACGUGCGCCGCAUCCAGGCCAGCCACGGCCUCCGGGCGCUGUUCGCCUUCAGGUCCGAGGGCCCCCGCCGCGGGCGGGGCCUCCGGAUCAGGUGCGACCCGGCCGCCGGCUACUCCGCGCUGCCGUUCCGCGACGGCGCCGCCAUCGCCCUCGACGGUGAGCCCAGGGAGUCGUGGACGAAGCCGGUGUCGGUGAUCGUCGCCGGCCUGCUGGUGCCCGCCGUGAUGGCGGCGGUUGCGGUCAACGGGAUGCCGGAACCGCUGCGGUCGUCGAGGCUGGUCAACGGGAUCUUCCCGCCGUGGAUCCUCGUCAGCGCGGUCAUCAUCUUCGCUCGCGCCAGGACGCGGCCGAGGGCUCCAUGAGUCGAAUCUCUCUAGAGAGCACACCAGUUUCUUUCCCAUAUAUAUCAGCAUGUAAGAAUUCAGGAGUUUGUUUGUGAUGUACUCCUCCGUAGUAGCAUUGACGAUUCCAACUAUCCUCGGAUUUUGUUUGGAUUCACAAGCGACUGCACCAGACAGAUGCUGUCAAUCUGUUCGCUGGUCUAAAAAUCGCUAAAAUUACUGUUAGCUGAUUUAUUAUAAGAAAAAAAUACUACUGGCCGGUAGAAAAAAUACGGUUGAUAAAGACAAGCGAACGGGUUUGGCAGAUCUAGAAAAUUCUAUUUAUUUAUUAGUAUAUUCUUCUAACAUAGGA